AUGAUUGGCCAUAUUAGUCAAGCUUUCAAAAACGUCGACUUAAGAUUCGUUGCGUAUACUCUAAUGGCGAUCCUGUUGGCUUUUUAUGUGGUCCCGGAACUUUUUCUGCUCAAAUUACAAGCUAAAGGGCUGGAAGGGGUUGAGGUUAGAGUUGGAUAUUAUGGGAUGUGUGUAACCAAAGGAAAAAACGAUGGCCUGACUUGCUUCGCAACAUUUGCAAGAACGCCAGAUACGCUCGACGGCAUGUUUCUAUCCGAUUCAGGAGAAGUGGCUCAAGGAAAUACCGCGAAAGUGCUUUUACUACAGGCCAAUGUUAUUCAGAACAAGAUAUUUUGCCCUCUUCUAGCCGUAUCUGGUGGUUUAUUUCUACUCAGUGUCAUUUAUAUGCUGUUCCUCAAACGAUACAUUAAAGGCGAUAAUCAAAAUGCAUCAAAGAAGAAAGAGCGGUUCAAGUCCGGAAUGCAAUUCUUCAGGCAAUAUGCAUUUGGUUUUGCAGUGGCAGCGGCAUUCUCUACCACCCAAGCUACAGGCGCGUUGAAAUAUGCAACGACUACAAUGGCCACCUCCGAAUCAAGCAUUAUCUUCACCGGCGGAAAAGCUGUUCAAGGAAUGCAGUGGACAAUACUAGCUCUACUGUGCUUAGUUCAUCUGGCGGUCUCGGCCAUGUUCGACGGCGACGGCUGUGCAACUAAAGGGGAUAAUAGGCGUGGUGGAAUAUAA